AUGUCUAAGACAUGGCGCGCGCGCGCGCGCGCGCGCGAUAGAGCACGGACGCGCGCGCGCGCGCGCGAAAGAGCACAGACGCACGCGCGCGCGCGCGCGCGCGAAAGAGCACAGACGCACGCGCGCGCGCGCGCGCGCGAAAGAGCACAGACGCGCGCGCGCGCGCGCGAAAGAGCACAGACGCGCGCGCGCGCGCGCGCGCGCGCGCGAAAGAGCACAGACGCGCGCGCGCGCGCGCGCGCGCGCGCGCGAAAGAGCACAGACGCACGCGCGCGCGCGCGCGAAAGAGCACAGACGCGCGCGCGCGCGCGCGCGCGAAAGAGCACAGACGCGCGCGCGCGCGCGCGAAAGAGCACAGACGCGCGCGCGCGCGCGCGAAAGAGCACAGACGCGCGCGCGCGCGCGCGAAAGAGCACAGACGCGCGCGCGCGCGCGCGAAAGAGCACAGACGCGCGCGCGCGCGCGCGAAAGAGCACAGACGCGCGCGCGCGCGCGCGAAAGAGCACAGACGCGCGCGCGCGCGCGCGCGAAAGAGCACAGACGCGCGCGCGCGCGCGCGCGAAAGAGCACAGACGCGCGCGCGCGCGCGCGCGAAAGAGCACAGACGCGCGCGCGCGCGCGCGCGAAAGAGCACAGACGCGCGCGCGCGCGCGCGCGAAAGAGCACAGACGCGCGCGCGCGCGCGCGCGAAAGAGCACAGACGCGCGCGCGCGCGCGCGCGAAAGAGCACAGACGCGCGCGCGCGCGCGCGAAAGAGCACAGACGCGCGCGCGCGCGCGCGAAAGAGCACAGACGCGCGCGCGCGCGCGCGAAAGAGCACAGACGCGCGCGCGCGCGCGCGAAAGAGCACAGACGCGCGCGCGCGCGCGCGCGAAAGAGCACAGACGCGCGCGCGCGCGCGCGCGAAAGAGCACAGACGCGCGCGCGCGCGCGCGCGAAAGAGCACAGACGCGCGCGCGCGCGCGCGCGAAAGAGCACAGACGCGCGCGCGCGCGCGCGAAAGAGCACAGACGCGCGCGCGCGCGCGCGAAAGAGCACAGACGCGCGCGCGCGCGCGCGAAAGAGCACAGACGCGCGCGCGCGCGCGCGAAAGAGCACAGGCGCGCGCGCGCGCGCGCGAAAGAGCACAGACGCGCGCGCGCGCGCGCGAAAGAGCACAGACGCGCGCGCGCGCGCGCGCGAAAGAGCACAGACGCGCGCGCGCGCGCGCGCGCGAAAGAGCACAGACGCGCGCGCGCGCGCGCGCGAAAGAGCACAGACGCGCGCGCGCGCGCGCGCGAAAGAGCACAGACGCGCGCGCGCGCGCGCGCGAAAGAGCACAGACGCGCGCGCGCGCGCGCGCGAAAGAGCACAGACGCGCGCGCGCGCGCGCGCGAAAGAGCACAGACGCGCGCGCGCGCGCGCGCGAAAGAGCACAGACGCGCGCGCGCGCGCGCGCGAAAGAGCACAGACGCGCGCGCGCGCGCGCGAAAGAGCACAGACGCGCGCGCGCGCGCGCGAAAGAGCACAGACGCGCGCGCGCGCGCGCGAAAGAGCACAGACGCGCGCGCGCGCGCGCGAAAGAGCACAGACGCGCGCGCGCGCGCGCGCGAAAGAGCACAGACGCGCGCGCGCGCGCGCGCGAAAGAGCACAGACGCGCGCGCGCGCGCGCGCGAAAGAGCACAGACGCGCGCGCGCGCGCGCGCGAAAGAGCACAGACGCGCGCGCGCGCGCGCGAAAGAGCACAGACGCGCGCGCGCGAAAGAGCACAGACGCGCGCGCGCGAAAGAGCACAGACGCGCGCGCGCGAAAGAGCACAGACGCGCGCGCGCGAAAGAGCACAGACGCGCGCGCGCGAAAGAGCACAGACGCGCGCGCGCGAAAGAGCACAGACGCGCGCGCGCGAAAGAGCACAGACGCGCGCGCGCGAAAGAGCACAGACAUCGCGGGAGCUAAGAGCCGAGUCGCGCCCUAAAUCCGCCGCGCCCAUGAAUAUUGGAAACAGCCUAGCGACGGCGGCAGCGGCGGCGACGGCAUAA